UCCGAUUACUGCCGACUGAUGCAGAACUACCGGGCCAUGAAGAAGAAGCCCAGUAGGGGUGGCGGGGGAUCUUCCAUACCAGAGAAGGACAAGUCAAACCCCUCCAAUGGACUACCCGUUCGGUCUGCGGACUCGAGCUUUCUCAAGGAGAACGAUAGAUUGACAUCAUCUGCGUCCAAUGACAGUCGACGCCAUGCACGAAGCAACGCUACCUCUCGCUCGGAUCGAUCGUUGAACGACAGCGGCAUGUCUGAUCGACGAGUGGUAUCCAAUGGGUCGUGGAAUAGCAACGCUGGAAACAAUACCGAUCGUCGCGUCGCCUCCAACGCUUCUAUGAAUGCCGCCGACAACGACCGCGGUGUACGACGUCCUCCCCGAACCAAUGCAUUAUUACCCCAAGACAUGCCCAGAACCAAACCUGUUGGACCUUCUGUGGACAUGCAGGAACCGGAGCCGACGCCGUCCACGAACCAAUACGAUCUUAUUUGGCAUCAAGGGGACCUCGCGUUGCAGUUUUCGCUCAACGCCAAGCACCGGAUCGCCAUUUGUCAGAUCGAAACCAACUUGCCCAAGGAAACCACCGCCGGGUUAGCGUCGGCAUCGCUCGGCGACGUGCUAGUGGCGCUCAACUGGGAAGACGUGACCGCGUUGUCCCCAGGUGACGUGCAGCGCCGCCUCAAUCACGCGGACUUGCCCAUGACAUUAACCUUCCAGAGCUUGUCCCAGCAGCCUGCGAUUUCCCGGUUGAAGCGCGCGCCGUCUCUGAGCCGCAUGCCGCCGCUCCAGGCGAAUGAGUUCGAAGCCGUGUGGACGUCGGGGCGUCUCGGCGUGGUCAUUGCAUGUGACGCUGCGGGUCGACCGGUGGUUCGCGAAUAUGCCAAGGAGGCGAGCACGGACCCAGGCGUGUCUGAGAUACAGCCCAAGGACGAACUCAUCUUUGUGAACGACAUCGCAGUAGGCGAAAUCGGGUAUGACCAAGCCAUUGCAGCGCUACGACAUGCCCAGAAACCAGUGUUGCUGCGGUUUCGACGCGACGCCGAAGGGGGGCAGCCAAGAAGGCAGCGCGAGCUGGCCCCUACUUCAGGUCGCCCGUCGCAUCCUCCACAGCCUCCACAACCAGGCAAGCCCAGCCAUGGACGCUCAAGUAGCCCCAAGAUAGACACGUAUGCUGUGGUGUGGCGCGAAGGGCCACUGGGUCUUGUGCUCAAGAAGAACGACGUCGACGACAUUUAUAUCAAGGAGCUCAAGAAGAAAGGGGUGGCGCUGCUCCAUCAAGCCAUCAUGUCUGAAGGCGACGUGCUGGUGUCCAUCACGGGUGUACUCACGAAAUCGCUGGGCUUCACCGGUACGGUAGAUUUCCUGAAAGCCGUACAAAAGCCAGUGGAACUCGUGUUUCAGCCGAUAAAACAGACUGCGGGCCAGCAGGAGCACACCCACCGCCGCGAGUCCUCCGUCGCAGUGUCGAACGACGUAGCGGCCAAGUACAUGACGUCCAGAAGCAGCAAACACAUCCCAAGUGCCACCGCCACACAAACGUACGAUGUGAUUUGGCACCGAGGGAAGCUCGCGCUGUCGCUUCGAUAUGCAUCGUCGAACCGAACGGUCAUUCGAAAAAUCACAUCGGGGGACCUUGAAACCACGGCCAACGUGGAAGCGGCCGCCGUCGGCGACGUCUUGGUAGCCAUCAAUUGGGACGACAUGACGUCGGCUCCGUACGAACACGUCGUGGCUCGUCUCAAAGAGCGGGAUUUCCCGUUGACGCUGACGUUCAAACGGUCAACGUCCGACCAAACCACGUCACAGAUGCUGCCUCCAGGGGAGUUUCAAGUGACGUGGCGCGAUGGCAAGUUGGGCGUCCGCAUUCAUUGCGACCCCGACGGCCGCGCCAUGGUGCGCGAAAGGACCGAGCCAACGACCGACCCCGACUUGGCCCAAAUCCAAGCGGGCGAUGAGCUCGCGUUCGUCAACGGUCUCCGCGUGCGGACGAUCGGGUACUCGGACGCGCUGGUGGAGAUGAAGAAACCCAAGCCGAUCCAACUGCGUUUUCGACGCCGACGGGUCUCGUCGUCCACCCGCCUCGACACGGCGACCCCCCCCUCCGCCCCUGCCUCGGCCUUGGAACCCGCGGAAGUGGAUUUGGAUAGUGUCUACCCAUCGGUCGAGUCACCGAGGCAGUCGCUCGCGGUCGCUGCCGCCGUCCAAGAUGAAAUGUACUCGGUCGAUUGGACGGGCGGGUCGUUGGGAAUCUCCCUUCGCAUGAAUGAUCAGAGUGAGAUCUUCAUCGCGCAGCUCACGGGAAGGGGACUGGCUCUAGAGUGCCCCGAGAUGGCCGUGGGUGAUCUACUCGUGGGCGUUAUGGGAGUCCCCACCACACCAUUGGGCUUGGCGGGGACCGUCGAUUUCCUCAAGUGCAUCCAAAAGCCAGCGGUGCUGACGUUUUUGCGAAGGACCAGCAACGCCUUGCCGCCCCAAGAGAUGCCGGCAAAGGACGGCGCGCAGACGCCAGUGUUGGAGUCGGGUCCACUUGCCCCUGAACCCCCCCUUUCGCCGCCGCCGCUCGUGGUUUCAGCGCCCCCUAAACCCCCCCUUUCGCCACCGCCACUGGUGGUUUCAGCGCCCCCUGAAACCCUUCCGUCGUUGCCAUCUCCCCUUCCAACCACCGAAGACAAAGCCGAGCAUUCAUCGUGGUCGUUUGCGCGGGACUCGAGUUUGGACCAUGGCUCGAUGCCACUGUCGCCAUCCAACCAACUCAACAUAUCCCUUGGAGCAUCCAGCAGCAGAACCGGUCAAAUCGUCAUGUCUCCCCACGAGGUACCCGACAGGACCACCCCACCUGAAACACCGCCAAUGACGCUACUCCAACGACCAGUCUCGACCCCUCCACAGUUGAUGCUGUCGCCUCUUCAACACGUAUCGUUCGGCCCUCAGACGACUCCCCCCACAAGUGCAUCGUCUGUUGACCCCACGCCGACGUCGCCGGCGCAUCAUGCGAUGCCACCCCCCCACGCCACCCCACCAGACUCUCCAACAACCCACCGCGCGCCUUCGAUUGUCAUUUUCAGACCGAUACCAACUCGUCAAGUCGUAGCCUCACCCACCCACUCUGUCUCGAGUGACCCGGUGGUGUCGCCCCAAAUCUCGUUCAACGAACCAACGCCUCAAAGUACGUCCAUUGUCGUGUCCCAAUCGGCCAACACGACGUCGUCAUCCGCGUGGGGCCAAGAGCCCGCCACUCCCCCCGGCACGCCGCCAACCCAGUCCAUGAUGGAACCGUACUUUACGUAUGCUGACCCGACACAACCCCCCUCGGCAUUGGUCCUUCCUUCUACCCCCGCCCUGCCCCCUGCUGCUCAACAACAGACUCCCCCCCCAACCUUGCUGAGGACGGAGCCGCCCUCUGUCGGAGCCAUUGAGCCACCUGCUGCUGCUUUUGCCGCCCCAGUUGGCACGACCAUACUGCCGACAGCAGGAACUCCACCUAUUACCCCGCCGCCGUCGACGUCGUCGUUACCUCCGAUGCCCACCCUCGACCUGUCAAAUCCCCCCGAUGUUUCUUCUCCCCGUGAUGUGUACUUUGACGAUCGAGGAGCCAGCAUUGCCGACUUGCCCGACUUCCCCCGCGACACCACUUUUUCCGAAGAUAGCUUUGCGUACAAGUUGCCCCGACACGACCGAGUGUUCGAAGUGCCGUACACGGACGUGUCCAGUCAGGAUCUGACGCAAACACCAUCCUUCGAAUACGACCGUGCCCACCGGAACGAUGCCGACGGCGGCGAGUAUGGGUACGAAGUCGUUGAAAGUGAAUUUUCAAGUCCGCGGGAGCUGCCCACGCCGCCGUCUACUUCGUCGGUGGAAUGGGACAUUGCAAGGGAAAACCUCACGCCAACCCACCACACUCCGACCGCCGCCACGUCCAUGGUGCCGCUGUACGGCUGCCAAAUGUCCACCUCUCAAAGCGACGCGUCCUCCCUCGACAGCUUGGACCUGUCCGACUACCAGUCGUCGUCCGGGUCGUUCUCGUCGUCGUCGGCAGCAGACAUUCUGUCUAGUAGGUCCAUGACAAUAGACUUUUUACCUGGUCACGCGCCGCUGCGUCGAUCGCAUUCCGACUCGCACUACGCUACUGCUACUACUGCUGCUGCUAAUGCUGCUAUUCCUCCUCAUCUUUCGACGGUGUCACUGGAAGACGACGACGUCGACAUUGAUGACAUUGACGAUGAUGAUUCGAUCCAAGAGGAUUACUCGACGAGUGCGCCUGAAGACAUGCCGAUCCUGUCGACGUCGUCUCGGUCGAUGUCUGCGCGGUCGAUUUCGUCCGUGUCGACGCCGCCGCCGUCGACGCAUGCCACGGCCGCCGAUCGAGAUUCCACAACCAACGACCCCAAAACGCUGUACUCGAUCCUGUGGCGCGGCGGGCCGCUGGGACUCGCCAUCAAACGCAACAAGAACGACGAGAUUUCCGUCAAAGCGCUCACGGGGGGCGGCCUCGCGGGCAACUCGGACAUCAUCCAACCACGCGAUGUGCUCGUCCAAUGCGGUACCACGAUCGUGCAGUACAGUACGCUGCCAGAAACGUCUCGGGUGCUCAAACACGCCAAGACGCCCGUGUCGCUUGUGUUUUUACGGCGGCAACAGCAGACUGCGCGCCACAGCGGCGCGAGCUCGGCCAGUGUACCGACGCUGGACAUGUCGACGAGUAGCUAUGACAAUGCGCUGGGGGGAAUAUUUGGCGGCGGAAGCUCGAGUAGCAGCGUCUCGGAUGGAUUACUGGAUCCGGCAACGCCACGACGGGGCAGCAUAUACAUGCCCAAGCGCUUGACGUCGUCGAAUAAACACUCGACAGUGUACUCGAUCGUAUGGGAAGGCGGACCCCUUGGUAUUGCCGUGACCAAGAACAGCGACGACGAGAACUGCGUCAUGCGGCUGACGGGCGACGGACUGGCGGCGCAGUCGACCAUCAUCCGCGUCGGCGAUGUGCUCAUGGCCGCGGGGGACGUCCAAGUGUCCAAAGUGUCGCUGACCGCUGCCAUGCACGUGAUUCAGCUGGCCCGCAAGCCCACGUUUCUCGUGUUUCGGCGAAUGGGCGACGACGAAGACGUAUAAGUUAACAUGAGUCCAUGUGAAAUGUUCAUAUAUGUUUAAUCUCC